UAACAAACAGCAAACAAUUGAAUCGGUGCCAAUGUUAAAAUUCAGUUGAUUACAAUCCACCCAAAAUGCCAGCAUAUCACUCGGAAAUCGAAGAAUUCGGGCGACAGGUGGGCAACAUGGCAAUUCUGCCGCUUCGCACCAAAAUACGAGGGCCAGCGCCCAGUGUGAAUACUGAUAACGAUAUCAUCGAUGAGUCACUUUACUAUUUCAAAGCGAACGUUUUCUUUCGCACAUACGAAGUGAAGUCGGAAGUGGAUCGUGUGCUUAUCUAUAUAACGCUCUAUAUAACGGAGUGCCUGAAGCGAUUGAUGCGUUGUACGAGUAAGGAGCAAGGACAACAGGAUCUUUAUGCGAUGGCCAUAUCAAGAUUUGAUAUACCCGGCGAUGCCGGAUUUCCGUUAAAUUCCGUCUAUGCGAAGCCAGAUAAUGCCGAUCUGAUGCGCGAAUAUAUGCUGCAGUUGCGCCAGGAGACUGGUGUGCGGGUGCUCGAAAAGGUAUUCGACACGCCCGAUGGGAAGCCGAGCAAGUGGUGGAUGUGUUUUGCCCGCAAGAAGUUCAUGGAGAAGAGUCUCUCGGGUCCCGGGCAAUAGAAACAAACAACAUUCUCAAAAAAGUGGCUGUUAAAUCAAUUUUUGAGACUGUUAAGUGUGUUGUUGCAGCCCCUCUUUUUGAACGUGCCAGUGCUGUUAAGUGCCCAUAGUACUAACGACAAGGCGCCAAGUUUAAAUUAAUCAUGCGUAUGUCGAUGUGUAUUUACCAUUUAUUAAAAUAUAUAUAUAAUUUUUUUU